CUGGAGAACCAACUCGAGAGUACUGAGGAGCAGCUGUGCAAUGCUGCUGCAGAGGUAGAAUGUUUGCGGAAGCAGAAGCAUCUGUGGUUUGAGAGGAUGAUGAAAGCUAUUCAUCAAAGCCUUUCCAGUAUGGAAAAGUUGGAAUAUAAAAAAGCUGAGAAG